CGCAUGGGGGUCAGCGACGGCAGGCUGCGGUUUGUCGAGGUUUCUGAGGACGAGCCCUUCCGCAUCAAGUCGUUCAAGCUGGACGGCGAGAGUGGCCGCUGGACGCUGGAGCAUCAGGUGUCGUGGAGAACUCUCUAUUCCGAUGCCAAGGCGACGCCUUUGAUUGCUGCCAUUGAUCCACUCGACCCCGACUCGCUGUAUUUCACCGUGCUUGUGGGCAAGGCAUCAUGUUUAAGCGUGGAUCUCUCUGUGCCUGUGGCCAAAGCAUUAUGUUUAGGCGUGGACAUGCGCUCAAAGACACUGAUUGAGUCUAUGACAUUAGGUGGUGGCGGUGUUCAUCCAAGCAAGUGCAACUCAAGCUUCGUUCUGCCAUGUGUGCUCCCCUCAUUUCUCGGAUCAAGCUCGAUUCCAGGCAAGAACGACCUGUCGAAAAACAAGACUCUGGCAGAUGUUCUAGUUCGUUCAGACAAACACCCGAAGGCCUGAAGAGUACCGAUUUACCAGCUAACGAAUAUCUGGAUACAAGUCAUCUGAUCAACUAGGAAGCCGAUGGUGGAUGGAUGUUUACCAAGCUCUCAUUUUGGGGAAUACAUGGAGAAGUUUGGGUUUGCUGUAGUUAGCUGCUGCACUUGUCUCGUUUUGGGGAAAUUUGUGGGAGUGCUUCCAGUUCACACUAGAACAUUCCAGUGGUUUAAUCAGCGUGUAGUGAUCAUCAGAGAACACCACCAUGCUUGCUCUGUUUACCCGCCCACUCUGUUGUGAGGCGGCAGCUUUGAGCCUUUGACGAAGUGAUGUUUGUUUUCCGUUGUGUAAAGUUGGAGGAUCUCCUGCGAUGAUAGAAACGACGUCAUCGUAAUGCUUAGCUUCAUAUAUGCAUGAUAUUGCGUCUUAUAGAUCUGUUGUUGGAAAAUCAAUCUGCUAGAGGAUAUUCUGUUA